UGAAAUAACUACUGUUAGAAUUCAUUCAUAGAAAACACUUCGUGUUUUCAUAGGGUGGAACGAUAUGCAUCAAAUCUGGACUGAUGAGGCCUAAAGAAUUUACAGGUAUCGUUCUUAUAGCUGCUGCAAUUUCAAUGAACACAGAAGGAAUUACUCCUUUAAAGUGUUUUUUGGCCAACUUGUUGGGCCGUUUGCUGCCACACUUUCCCAUCAGCUCUAUUGACCAAGAUUUGGUUGUUAGGUCAGAAGAAGCGAAACAGAUAAUAGCCAAUGAUCCUUAUCAUUACAAUGGCUUCGUGAAAGCUGGCUGGGCAAAGACUAUGCUAGAAACAUUAAGGGAACUUCCAAGCUGUGUGAAGAAUGUAGACUUUCCUGUGUUAAUUCUUCAUGGAGGAUCUGAUAAAGUCUGCGAUGUGUCGGGUGCCAAAAUGCUUUUUGACUCUGCAAAGUCUAAAGACAAAUCCUUAAAGGUGUAUCCACACUCGUACCAUAGCUUGCUGCGUGAACCUGAUGGAAUCAGCGAUCAAGUAAUAACUGACGUCAUCGACUGGAUGGAACUCAGGAUUGGUUGACAGAUCUUUGUUUUUAUUUUUAAUCAGAAUAGCUUACAUGAAGGGGUAUUUUCGUAUUAGAUUUCUCACAUAUAAAAGAGUAUUAUUUGACUUAUACAGAGUGAGAUAACAGAUUUUAAUCUUUAGAGUGUAAUAAAGUAUUUGUAGCAGAUUUAAAACUGCAGAAUAAUUCAAACUAUCCAUUUACAUUUUUUAACUGAUUGCUACUUUGUUAUUACAAAACUACAACUAAUUGUUAUUGCAACUCAAUUUUCAAAAUUUUGAAAAAAAAAAGGUAACAAACAGUAUAUGAAGAAAAAUAUGCGUUUUUUUUUAUUUUGAGAUCUUAGCGGGUUAUGCAGAAGCAAAGUUGAAAGCCAAUAAUAUUAUUUCAUAUCCUACUAUGGAAUUCAGCUCCCUUUUUCUUACAUGUAUUUUUAAAAACAGGAUACUUUCCUUAACAUAAUAUUUUAUUGAAAGUGUUUCACUGAACUGAAAUUCAGUUCAACUUUUUAUCGAACCUCCUUUUUAACGAAGUUUGAAAUUUCAAGCUUGUAUAUUAGUUUAAAAAUUGAUGUUAUAGCUGUAAACUUGUGUCAGUAGCCUCUCGCAUUCAGUAUAUACUGAAUUAUUCUAUGUCUGUGACUGUAAGUUUGUAUUUCAUAAAUACAGCCAAAUAAGACAGGACUCCUAUUGCCAUUAGAGUGAACGUGCUUUUUGUAAGUUCAGUCCAAGCAAUUACUAAUCCCAGUUAAUUGGUUCAACAAUAAAAAUGUACAUAUUGUAUGUUUACACUGUUUAAAAAACAGUACUUACAGUAAGGUUGAAGCAAUUGGACAUAAAUCUUUAUGAUGAUUAGUAGCCUAUCCGAUCACCUAAGUCUAAUUAUUAGUUAGAAAUUUUACUAUUAACAACUAACUAGUUUUAUCUCAUGUUUCGGUUGGUAAGUUAGUGGAUAACACACCAUAAUUUCAUCAAAGAAACCCAAGAUCAAAUCCCGAUCACGACGAUACAAAACUUAGGAUAUUUCUGAAGACGACAGCAUAGUUGCAGCCAAAACGUAGGAUAAACAAAUUAUUAAUUAGUAUCUAGUUAUAUAAAGUGCGUUUUCAACGACAGCAUAGUUGCAGCCAAAACGUAUUAAUUAGUAUCUAGUUAUAUAAAGUGCGUUUUCAACGACAGCAUAGUUGCAGCCAAAACGUAUUAAUUAGUAUCUAGUUAUAUAAAGUGCGUUUUCAACGACAGCAUAGUUGCAGCCAAAACGUAUUAAUUAGUAUCUAGUUAUAUAAAGUGCGUUUUCAGGGAGAGAACUCUCCCCUUUGUAUAAAGUGUUUCUCGAAUGUGUGUUUAAUUUAAUUCAUUUGUCUUCAAUAAGCAGAGUAACAACUGGCGAGCAAAAGCGCAAUGCUUUAUAACUUAGUUUAUUCAUCAUUUCAAUACAGAAGCAUUAGUGGAUUUAUCUGAGCGUUUUUUUGAACACUUUUAAAUGCAGACACAUAGAAAUGGAUAUCGUGGAAAUUAUGAAAUGGGUGAUCUCUUGCAAACAAAUGACGAUAGUUUUUAACUAGAUGCCUAAACUUUUACAACAGAUGUAACACACCUUCCCAAGACAAGCACGAUAUACAGUCACUUUGUUCUCUGCACAAUUACUCAAGGCUGUCCAAUAGAUAUAACAGGGAAUUGUUUUCAUCCGAGUAAAAGAUUAUAGGGUUUUUACAGCUGUUUUACCAUGAAAAUACACAAUUAUGAGGUAAAAAGAUUAUAGGGUUUUUACAGCUGUUUUACCAUGAAAAUAUACAAUUAUGAGGUAAAAAGAUUAUAGGGUUUUUACAGCUGUUUUACCAUGAAAAUACACAAUUAUGAGGUAAAAAGAUUAUAGGGUUUUUACAGCUGUUUUACCAUGAAAAUAUACAAUUAUGAGGUAAAAGAUUAUAGGGUUUUUACAGCUGUUUUACCAUGAAAAUAUACAAUUAUGAGCUCAUUUUAUGAGAAAGACUGGUAGCAAUAACCUUUACAAACGGGACAUUUAAUCAAUGUUUGAUCAAAAUGUAUGAACUUUGCAUAUUACCCUGUACAACUGAUUAUAACCCGCUCGGGUUAUUCGGUUUUUAUCAUUUUGUAUCAAGACUUAUUGAACCUACGUGAUUUUCUAACUAUGUACAACUGUAACAGGGAUAUACAUAUGGAACGUGAUCUAUACAAAAGGGUAGGGAUGUACAUAUGGAACGUGUUCUAUACAACUGUAACAGUGAUAUACAUAUCGAACGUGUUCUAUACAACAGGGUAUGAUAUACAUAUGGAACGUGUUCUAUACAACAGGGUAGUGAUAUACAUAUGGAACGUGUUCUAUACAACAGGGUAGUGAUAUACAUAUGGAACGUGUUCUAUACAACAAGGUAGUGAUAUACAUAAGGAACGUGUUCUAUACAACAGGGUAGUGAUAUACAUAUCGAACGUGUUCUAUACAACAGGGUAGUGAUAUACAUAUCGAACGUGUUCUAUACAACUGUAACAGUAAUAUACAUAUGGAACGUGUUCUAUACAACAGGGUAGUGAUAUACAUAUGGAACGUGUUCUAUACAACAGGGUAGGG